CAUGAAUACCUGUAAAAUUCGUCUCCCACAAGUCCCAAAGAAUGACGCAGACGUUCCUGCACAUAGCAGCCAAUCUGAGUCGACCACUGAAAUUGACAACUCCGCAUUGGAGUUACCAGAAGAUAUUUACAUAUCUAUGCUAGCCCUCGGUAGGGAAGCUCGUCAACGUUCUGGGCACAUUACGCACAAGUACCGAGAUAUCCUACUUAUUCCUCGAGGGGCAUCAUUCAAUUAUCCUCGCAUCGAGAGUGGAGCUAGUACGGCUUCGACAUGCGGUGGGACGACUGACUCUCAGGAGAGUCCAUCUGGCAGUCCCUGACCUAAUGCCGAAUAAUUACUUUUUUCGUCCCAUCCAUCGUAACACCAGCGAUGA